AAAAUCUCUGCAGGUCAUGAAGAAGCUUAGGAUUUCGGAUACGUUAAGUCACUUAUUAGGAACAGCACCAUCAUCGCCGUCAUCUCAUUUGAGGAGAAAAGGAUUGCUGAUAUCAAUAUUUCUUGGUUUUGGUUUCGUUCUUGGAGGUUCGAUACUUGUUCUUACAAUUAUUAACUUCAUGUGUCCAUCUUUUUUUCCUCAAAACCAUCUCGAUAUAUACUAUCUCAAGUUUUCAUUUCCCCGUUGGCAGAACUCUCCGACCCGAACUAGUACUAGUAGUCCCAUUUCUUCUGCUAACAAUAAUGUGACGCAAACGUAUGAUCAUGAACAUACGGUAAACAGUUUGAAUUAUACCUCGUCAAGUAAUAUUGUUCCAAUUGAUCAUACUCCUGGAGCAUUAGUGGUUACAAAAGAUACUUAUUCUGUUCCAACCUCAUCAACUAAUAAUUUUUCUAGUGAUAGUAAUUGUACUAAACCAUAUGAUCUGAAGAAACUAGCAAACGGUAGUGUAAAUUCUCCUGGUGGUGGUGAAUGUGAUAUUUUUGAAGGUGAAUGGGUAAUGGUCGAUGAUCGAAAACCAUAUUAUCCUCCGGGUUCUUGUCCUUACAUCCAAACUCAAGCUACCAAUUGCUAUAGUAAUGGAAGACGUGAUGUUGAGUACUUAAAAUGGCAAUGGCAGUGGCAAUCUCACCCAACAAAUGCAGGGUGCUGUAAGAAUAUACCGAGCUUCCUCAAUGCAACCGAUUUGCUAGAGAGAUUGAGAGGAAAGAAGUUGGUUUUUGCAGGGGAUUCCUUGAAUAGGAAUAUGUAUAAGUCUAUGGUAUGUAUAAUUUGGAAUGCUAUUUCAGAUAAGAGCAGAAUUAUAAGCAGCGGAGGAGAUUUCAGCAUAACGUACAAGGACUACAAUUGUACCGUAGCAUUUGUGUGGACUGCAUUUCUUGUAAACCAUCUCGGUGUAUUUACACCAGAAAAGGAGACAAUAAGAUUGGACUUGAUUGACGAGUUAUCAGCAUCUAGAUACCGUGACGCUGAUAUUAUAGUUUUUGAUGCAUGGCAUUGGUGGAAUUAUCAGAAAACUCAUGACGGAAUUAACUUUUUUCAAGAGGGCGAUUACUUGUACUCGAAACUGGAUAUAAAUAUAGCAUACACGAAGGCCCUUACUACUUGGAGUAAUUGGAUUGACAAGAACAUCGAUUCUAACAGAACCCAAGUUGUUUUCAGAGGAUUUUCGCUUACCCAUUUUGCAGGAGGGAAAUGGAACACCGGUGGAGGAUGCAACCUGGAGACGGAGCCAAUUCCGUGUAAUGAAACAUAUGUAAAGCCAUCCCCUAUACAAUGGGAAAUACUAGAAGGCACUCUUGGAAAAAUGAAGACUGAUGUACUGUACCUGAACGUCAGUAAGCUUACGUAUUAUCGAGCUGACGCACACCCUUCCGUGUAUGGCAAAAAUUACACUGUACAAGAAAGAAUUAAAGCUCCUCAGGACUGCAGUCAUUGGUGCUUACCAGGUGUACCUGAUACAUGGAACGAGUUGUUGUAUGCUUCUCUUUUGAAGGCUGGUAAAGGAUCUUUUGGCAAUAAAUCGUAACAAAGUUAUCGGUGUUAUUCAAUGGAAUCAAUCUAAUAGAUUGGAAAAUAACUAGAACAUCAGUGUUUAGGUAGGAUGAACCUAGGAAAGAUGCUAUAACAAUUCACUGUAAUACAAGCAAAACUAGCAUGUUUAACUAAGCUGGUUGCAGCUUUGUAGGAACCAUUAGCAAUAUUCGAAAAUCAAAACAAAGGGUUUUGAUGUGUAAAAUGAAUAUUGAGUUC